AUGAUGUCCUCGGCCGUCAGGCCCGCUUCAGAAGUGUCUAUCUCGGCCGUCGGCACCGCCACCAUGGCUCCCACUACGCUGCCGCCGUUGACAUUCAAUGACCCUGGCGACCUUCGAAUCGUCCUCGUACCAACCUCUGACGAUGGUGACACCGUUUCAGAACACCCACCUUCGGUGGUUAACCACCGAUUUUCGACCGAUAGCUACAGGUCCUACAAGGCACCAAACCAAGACAUCCCGACACACCCCGUCCCGGCCAUGCAAGAAGCCUUCGCCGAGUCUUUGGACGAAGUCACCAGUGGUGGCGAUGGGCCCGGUAAACCCAAACUAAGAGACCUCGACGCAAAGGGGCGUCGAGCGAGGCUACUUGAGCAAGACGCCGAGGAUGAGCCUUACGACACGACAUGGCGUUAUCGGCCAGGCCAGCAGCAGCACGAAAUGUACAAGCUCAUUUCGCAAAUCACGUUUGGCGUCUACCUCCUUCUCAACAGCCUGGCUGCCGACAAUGGACAGGUCGUGACGAUUCUUCAGGGGCAUAUCGAUGAGGUGGACGAGUUUCUUGAGGUGAUGCUCGAGGACUUUGCCCAGGCCCACAAGGAUCUCACAGAGCGUAUUGCCCAUCUUCAACUCCCCAUGGCCAACAGGCAGGCUUUUGAGGGUAUGCUCGAGGAUCGCAACUUUCGAGCCCAGAUUCUGUCAGGGAACGAGAAGAUUGACCACAUUCUUGCCCGGACCAAUGCCGCCAUGAAGCAGUGGGACGACGAUAUCGAUGCUGGCCUCCGAUCGAGCGAGGCAUUCAUGGAAUGGCUCAAUGAGCAGAAGGACACCAAGUGGCCAGACUCUGAACCAGAUCUGAACAGCAUUUUUCUAGCCAUGAAGGGCAAUGCCGACGGCUGGCUCAACGCCUUUGACGAAUUGAACAAUCAAGCGCAGGAUCUAAACGGCUUGAUCAUUAAGCUCAUGACCAUUGUGGCCGAGAUGGAAAAGACGGCCGGCGAGGUCAGCCGUAAAACUUGGGCAGCCAUUCCACCCUUUUCCUUGCCCGUGAAUGCACCUCGCGAAUCAACAGCAAGCUCCUCCUCACCGUCGAUCAAGUCGGAUCCCAAGUCCACGCCUGUGGCUAGCAUUCGCAGCUCCAAGUCGACUACAACCCUCCCAGCUGCCAGCCUCAAACCUAAAGACCCCGAAGUCAAUACUCUUAACGACGUCAGCACUCUUAGCGAUUUCCCUCUGCCAGGGGCAGCUCCUUUGCUGCCACCAACUCGGUUCACCCCUCGUCCGUCACCGAACCUCAGUGCCUCAUCCUCAUCUUCUGGGCCCAAUCUCAGCGCUUCGUCACCCGCAUCGUCUGGUGCUACCACCCCUAAGGCGUCUGUCACGGAGGAAAAGCAGGAGGAACCUGAAGCCGGUGAUGAUCUUGGCGGACUUGACGGUGGACCGUUGUUCAUCCUUCAGCCACGAACCUACACGCCGCAACCGCCUGCCUCACCCGUGGCUAAGAGCCCUGAAUCACCCAAAAUCGAAGAACAAAUCCAAAGGCACACUCUUACACAAUCUGUCCGAGAAUCAGUAGGAUUGGAGAAGAGGACAUCUUUGCGGCAGCGUGUGUCUCAGAAAACAACACCGCCCGUGUCUAUCCAAAUUCCUCCAAGGAACACUAUCGAGAUACAGUCGUCGCUGCGGCCAUCUCCUGGAGGCAUAACGCCACGUACCUCGAAAUCGCAAGCUCCCGACUACUCACAUGCCUCAGAUCUUGAAGCUUACCAGCCUCAUCGUCUUCCUCGAGCCACCUCACACGCAGACUUCGGGGCUCCUGUGCGUCCUCUCAUGCCCUCGCCUCAUUCUGAACACCACCAAUUUUAUCAUAAUACGAUUCCUGUCCGUGCAUCACCCCACUCUCCCCUGCAGCAGAGGCCGCAUACUGCAGGUCCGGCCGACCAGUACCAUCAAUCGGGAUAUUUCCCUGGCCACCAACGCAACCAGCCAUCUCGAAUGGGCGCCAUGAGCACGCUAAGCAGCGUGACAACGGCGACUUAUGACGAUGCUGCUACCGUGACAUCGCGGGCUACAACCCAAGCUGGAGGCAAGCGGGUUAAGAAGAAGAAGAGUGCCUUUGGGUGGCUCAAGAAGGCGUUUAGCAUGGACGAGGACGAAAAGGCAGAGUAUGAGGCACGCAGAGCCAUGCAGUACCGCGACAACUACUACGAUGGGCACAGCCCCAAGUUCUUGGACGGAAAGAGAAUUCGAUAA